CAAAGGACUCCGGUUAGACUGCAGACAUUGUUUUAUUUUAUCAUUCAUUUCCACUCUUUUUUAUUUCAGACAGAAUGGCAUUCUCUGGAGCAUUAACCCUUUCAGACCUGAACGAUUUCAUUUCUCCUUCACAAGCAUGCAUUAAGCCUGUUGAGGUAGCAAAGACAUCGGGCACACAGGGGGCAAUUAAGGUCGAUAACAGUGGAUCAUAUUAUGAAGUAUCUCAGGAUGGUUUGGAAACCAAGCUUGAGACUGCCACGAUCAAUCUGAAUGAUUGUUUGGCAUGCAGUGGGUGCAUUACCUCAGCAGAGAGUGUGUUAGUAACACUUCAGUCCCAAGAAGAGCUUUAUAGCAUUCUGAAGCAGAACAAGAUUGCUAUCGAGACAAAUGAUCCAAGUACACACCGCACGGUCGUUGUCUCCAUCUCUCCACAAACACGCGCUUCAUUUGCUGCAAAGUAUAAUCAAACACCUUUACAGGUCGCUCGAAAACUUACAUGGUUCUUCAAGAAUCUCGGAGUACACUCUGUGUUUGACACUUCUUUCUCUAGAGACCUCUCACUACUGGAGACUGGACGUGAGUUCGUAGAGCGAUACAAAAAAGCAGUAGCCAAGGGGAUUAUAAAGCCUCCUAACAUGAAUGGAGCAGCCUCCACGAAUGGCACGGUGACUGUUGCAGGAGGAGCCAGCGGUGAAAAUGAGAUGGAUGUGGAUUCUCUUCCACAAGAGAUAUCGACAAAGGCUCCCAAAAAGAGGAUCAUCCGUCGAGGAGCAGCUGGUGCUAACGAUGAACCUGCAGUUGCAGUAGAGACAGAGAGCGCAAUUCCUAUGCUUGCGUCGGCAUGUCCAGGUUGGAUUUGCUACGCUGAAAAAACUCAUGGUUAUAUGCUUCCUUAUAUCAGUGAAACAAAGUCUCCUCAGCAGAUUAUGGGGUCCAUGGUGAAGAAUCAUUUUGGUUCACAGCUUGGUUUAAAUCCGGAUCAAAUAUAUCAUGUAUGUGUAAUGCCCUGUUAUGACAAGAAACUGGAAGCAUCACGCUCAGACUUUUACUCUGAUCUCUACAAGACACGCGAUGUUGAUUGUGUAAUUACGUCCACGGAGGUCGAAAAGAUGUUUUCAGAACAAGGACAACCUGAUAUGAACACAUUCGGGGAGAUAAAUCUAGACCCUGGCUAUAGCUCUGUGAUCAAGGACCCUACAGGAACUGAUCAGGUUUUGGUGGGUGCUAGCGGCAAUGCCUCUGGUGGGUUCUUAGAGUACGUGAUGCAGUACGCUGCUAGAGAGCUGUUUGGCAUUGGCGAGGGCAUUGAUGUAGAUAAGGGCUUGGGAGUAGAGGUCAAGACAGUGCGUAAUGCAGACUUCAGAGAGGUUACGCUUGAAGCGCCAGGAUCAACGAAUGGUGAGGUCUUGUUGAGAUUUGCAGCAGCUUAUGGGUUCAGGAACAUUCAAAACUUGGUCCGUAAGGUCAAGACAGGCAAGUCACCAUACCAUUUCGUUGAGGUGAUGGCUUGUCCUUCAGGCUGUAUCAAUGGAGGUGGACAGCUCAAGCCUCAUGGUGACAAUUAUGCCACUAUCCCAUUGAAAGAAUGGAUUGUUCAGGUGGAUCAACAAUAUAGAAAUGGUGUGCUAGCACGCAAACCUGAAGAGAAUCCAGUGCUAGCCCAGCUGUAUCAGGAAUGGCUCGGUGGUGUAGAUACGCCAAAGGCGAAACAGCAGCUUCGGACAGGAUACCAUGCAGUUGAACAGAACCUUGUUAACCCACUAGCUGUCAAGUGGUAAUCUAGGACUACUGCGCACUUUAUCUUAAUUAUUUUUAUCAUAUAUAUUUUACCAUUUCUCUUAAGAUCUAUUAAGAUGUACUUUAUUUCUUCUUUUUUCGCCUCGAU